CGUUUCAGCGCCUUACGCUCCUUUCACGCGUGUAUACCUAGGCCAAUAGUGGACACGUGAUCGCGUACGCCACGUGCUUCGGCCGAAAAGACACGUGUGCUAACUUAGGCCUAACUACCCGUUAUUAUGGAGUUCAUCGGUAAUUUUCUACUUUGUAAAUUCGAUAUUCUUAGUUAUAAAUCGGGCUCCUCUACCUCGUUCGUUGGUUUUUGGCUUCUAUUGUUAUUGUCGGGCGGGUUUGGUGAGUUAACGGGAACGGCUGAUAAACCAGAAACGGUGUUGCUGGAUUUUCUCUCAAAACCCUUCGCACCCUCCGAUGGUGCAUCAGAAGAGUGUCUUCGGGACAGCGCCAUUUACUUGAAGGAGCUCAGUCAGUACAUGCCAUGGGCUCUUCAGAUGUACGACGCCUCCGUGAAAAUUCCACCGGGUGUAAUCACGGGCAAUUACCAGCAGUUAGGCAAUUAUGACGAGUGUCUACAAGUGAAAAGCAAAUACGGAUUCACCGGAAAGGCGUGCAGUGCCACGGUGAAUUUCGAAAUCGCCAAGGACAACGGUAAACCACGCCAGCCUGAUAUGGGUGAUCUGCUUCUGAAUAUAGCCGUCGCCUCGCAAUAUACGAAAUGGAAAUCGGGGCGUUCAGUGAACUACAAGUGGAUGUGGUGCGUUCCAUCGAGUUGCAACCACACAGAAAUCCAGGAGGCGCUCGAGCUUGGCCUCGACCCUCUGAAGGUGGAGGAACGCGUGGAUAUGGUGAUAAAGGUAUCGUGUCGCACCGCAGAAAUGGAUCGGCCGGUCUUCGACGUAACUGACUGGGUUUACAUAUCGAUCCUGACGAUAUUCGUGGUAAUCAUAAUUGCUAGCACGAGUUACGACAUCGCUACACAAGGCCAUCUGAGUACAUUGAACCGAAAAGAUAAAAGACAUGUUCUUCUAACUUCGUUCUCCAUCUACACGAAUGGAAAAAAUUUGUUGAAAACGGACAGACAGCGUGAUUCGAUCAAAUGCCUCGAUGGACUGCGCUAUAUCAGUAUUUGUUGGAUCAUUUAUGGUCACACUCAUUAUACAGAGGUGGUUGGUGUUAAAAUGAACUUGAGCGAAAUUCCACAGAUGCAUACAAAUUGGGCCAACAUGUUAGUACUCAAUGCAAAUAUCAUCACCGACACGUUUUUCCUUAUAAGUGGAGUUCUAAUGGCAUACACGGUCCUAAUAAAAAACGAGAAAAAUUCACAAGGCUAUUUCGACGUAAUUGGCCUCUAUCUCCACCGUUAUUUAAGAUUAACCCCGGCAUAUGCUAUGAUGAUCGGAUUUUAUGCCACCUUGUUUUACAAAGUUGGCUCAGGCCCUUAUUGGGAUGAAUGGGUCGGAGCUAAUAGAGACUAUUGUCAAGAAAACUGGUGGAUCAACCUGCUCUACUUGAAUAAUUAUAUCAAUCUAUCUAGAAUUUGCAUGUCUCAGUCUUGGUAUCUGGCGACCGAUAUGCAACUCGUCUGGCUGUCACCGAUCUUCUUGUAUCCUAUGCUCAAGUUCACGCGAAAAAUCUUCUUCUGGCUCGUUUUCGCGUUAGGCCUAAUUAUCUCCAUUCUAAUACCAUUCCUAAUAACAUUCAGUCUCAGGCUUAGUGGAACUAUGCUCUAUUACAAGGAUAACAUGGAUCUGGCCAAUGUUUUCAUAGAAAUUUACACAAAAGUUUACAACAGAUACGGAUCUUAUAUUAUUGGUCUGGCUCUUGGUUACUUGUUGUAUCAGAAACGAUCAAGAGUUGUGAAGAUUCGUUAUAUAUACGUGAUUUUCGGUUGGCUGGUAGCGGCAGUUUGCGGUUCAUUCAUAUUCAUGUGUCCUCGGUGGAUGUACUUCGACGACUACUCUUAUAACGAAUUAGAAGCGAGUUUUUAUGCAGGUUUCCACAGACAAAUGUUUGCUCUUUCUAUUUCUUGGCUCAUCUUUUGCUGCGUUCAUGGCUAUGGCGGUUUUGUGGGUCAAUUUCUGUCGUGGAAAGGUUGGGUUCCUUUCAGUAAGUUAACUUACAGCGCUUACCUGUGCCAUUAUGUAUUUCUCUUAGUAGAAGCUGGAUCAGUUCGAACUCCGGGCAUAAUUUCAACUAUGGCAAUUCUUCGCAGUUUCUUCAGCAACCUCUGCCUCACGGUACUGCUUUCUGCGCUUUGGACACUGUGCUUCGAGAUGCCUUUUAUGACGUUAGAUUAUACCUUUCUUUCUCACCGUCAAAGUCAAUCAAAAUCCUUGAACCUAAACCAAGAAAAAAUAUUCGGUUCUAUCGAUUCUAGUAAAGAGAUCUAUCGUUCCACGGAGGAAUCUUCUGCUACAAUUACACAGGAUUGUGAAGGCACCUUUAACCAAAAGUCCAAUAAAAACAGCAUGUAUGAUCAGGAUUUAAAAUCUGACGACAAAGAUGACAAGUGUCCAUUCAUUUUUGUAAUUAAAGCUGAAGACAACGAUUCAUGGGCACAGUUGAGAAAUGUUCAUCAAAAUAAUGGUUUUGACGAAGACUCGGAUCAACCGUCGAAAUCUAGAACAAAGGAAAGAAUGGAUUGUUGUUACGAAUCGAUCGUAAACGAGGAGUUCAUAAGGAAAGAAGGAUCCAGGGAAUCGGAUCAGGCCACCAGUAGCUGAUCGACAAUUUACCCGUGUAAUAUCGAAUCAGCUUGCUGGCCAAGCGUUUAUAAGCGAAUAGAGGCGAGAUUAGGAAACGUCUUUAAGGAAUUAUAUAAUUGAUAUAGUGAUAUCUAUUUGUUGAUUCAGGCACUCUUGUAGGUAGUGAGUGAUAGCCAUAUCGUAGUUUUUCUCUGAAUAUUUGUCUGUUGCAAGUAUUUUGUGUAUUUCUUAGUCGUUAUUAAGGAAUAUCGCCAGGUAUGUGGUGUGAUUUAAGAAAUAAAGAUUCUUUGUACGAUGAUAAAUUAAGAGUAUGUAUGGUUUAAUGAUAAGUUUAGUGGUUUCUAUCAAGUGAAUCUUUGAGAACUAUUUAGUGCAUUAUUUUAACACCACAUUUUAAUAUUACAUUAUAAUAUUACAUUUUAAUAUUACGUUGUUCUGGAAUGUUGGGAUUAGAUGGACAACUUGGGACCAUAUUUGACAUACUUUGUCUAUUUCAUUCCAACAUUUCAGUAUAUUUACAUAUAUAUAUAUAUAUACGUAGAUGCACCAAAUUUCAUAUAAGUGGAUUCAUUAUAGAAAAUAAUUUGUUAUCGUACGGAGGAUCAUCUUUUUUAUAAUUAUAUAUUAUUUGACUCCAUUGUGUACUUAUAGAUUUAGUUCGAAGUGCUUCUCACAAUCCGAUGUUGAUCCAUCGGUGUGAAAAUAAUAAUUUAAUAUGAACGGGUAAAGGUUAGUUAAGAAAUAAAGGUACAAAUUAGCUGUGAGAAAUCAUCGACUAUCAUUAAGUGUAGUUAAGAGGUGUUUUCUCGAUGGUCAGUUUAUAAAAAGAAAUAGAACUUUUACAAAAAUAAAAAGUCAGUAAGGUUAUUUUUCAUUAUGCGUUAUAGUUCAAAUCGAAAGUGUACGUAUUACAUUCAAAAUUCGGAAAUCUAACAAAAUCAAUGAAUACCGUAAUUAUGUAUUCCAAUUUCGCUAAUGUUAUCUAACUCAAUAUUUUGUUAAGUAUACUAAUAAUACUGCUUAAUAAUGAACAAUGCUCUUUUAUGUGGUUAUUGUUAAUUCAGGAUAUUAAGAUCAAUUUUAACAAAUUCAGUUAACCUCUUAUUCAAUAUUUAUAAAACAAAUACUACUUAAGUCAGAUAUUAUACAUACUAUUAACUUUUAACUUUUAAUCAGUAAAAUUAGACAAUACAGUACAAAGUACAGUAUUACAACUAAUAUUAAAUACUCUAAUUAUAGAUUAUAUUAUGACCAGGAAUUAAGGAACGAAAUAAACUUGUUAGAUCGCUUUCGUUUUGUUGAAAUAUUUCUUCCGCCAUGCUCAACUUUUCUACACAUGAAGUAUACAAUAACUAGGAACUAAUUACCGACAUUCUUUAACACCAAUGAUAUUUUUUAAUGAUGUUUGUUAUAUUGAUAUUUUAUAAUAUAUAUAUUUAGGCUAAUCGCUCUUAUAUUUAGGCUCUUCUUAUCUUGAAUACCUUGGUAUAUAUUGUUUAUGAAGAAAAAAAGAUGAAUUAUUUAAUGCAUAAUACAAUUAUUCUUCAUUUUUCCUUUUCAAUAUUUCCUAAAUUGUUUGAAUUAUUUUAUGAUAUACAAAUACGUAAAUAUAAUGUAUGAUAUUAGGACGAUAAAAUAACAGGAAAAUAGGUCAGGAUAAUUUCUAGUUACUGCAACAUUAGCCUCAGUUCGUGUCACUGUUUACUUAGGUCUAAGUCUUCAACUGAUGCUUUUACCUCGCUUAACGUUUUCUAUACGAACACAUUCUUUUCAUUCUUCUAACGCGAUCCACGAGAAGUAACAAGUAAGCCGAGAAGAGAAUGAUCUGCUUGUUUUAUCCGUGGAAGAAAUUGAUACCUUACGACUUCUAGAAAAUCCGUCCUUUUGAGAAAUCAAUUUUUUUUUAUUCUUCUUUGUACUUAAAUACAUUAAAUUUUUACGAAGAAAAAUAAAAUUUAUUAUAGAAUGUGCA